CACUCCGAAACUGUGGGUGACUGCUGGCUGGUUUUCCUGCCUUCCCUCCCCAUCACGCGUGGAUCCUGAGCCUCGAACCCAGCCCGGACUGCCUUUUGCCUGGUGAUUACCCUCUGCUGGCAUGGAUUUGGCAGCCUUCCCUCUGCGGCAGGGAGUCAAGCUGGAGGCCACGGCGUCGCCCAGCAGUGUCCCUCCCAGCCUCCAUGCCUCCGCAGUCAGCAACAUCUUCAGUGCCCGACCUCCGCAGCCUCGAGAAAGCGUCCUUGGCAUUAGCUUCAAGCCCUACAGCCCGGACUCCAGCCCAGCCCCGGCCCCCUGCACGACCUGUGAGAGCACACGAUCCUCCAUGUUCAGAGCUCCCUGCAUGAGCCAGCGACGGCUUGCGCUCAUCUUCUGCAUCUCCAUCCUCAUCGUGCUGCUCAUCACCCUCAUCCUGCUGUUUAUGUUCUGGCGGUCGCAGACCGGCAUCGUGUACAAGGAGCCUGCCGAGAACUGCAAGGACAGCCCCGUGCGCUGCGACGGCAUCGUCGACUGCUCCCAGAGGAGUGACGAGCUGGGCUGUGUGCGCUUCAUGUCCGACGAGUCCUUGCUCCACAUCUACUCCAGCGCUGAGGGCCAGUGGCUGCCGGUGUGCAGCAGCGCCUGGGACGACUCCUUCUCCAGAAAGACCUGCCAGCAGCUGGGAUUUCAGAACGCGUCGCAGACCGAAUACAUUCCCCUGCACGUCUCCGGCAAGAGCCUCGCCGUGACCAGCGAGCGAGAGACCAUCCAGCAGAGCCUCAACAGCACACAGUGUCUGACGGGAAAGUACGUCUCCCUCCGAUGCACAACCUGUGGGCAGAGGAUUUCUGGCCGGAUCAUCGGAGGAAAGGAAACCUCCGUGAGCAAAUGGCCCUGGCAAGUCAGUGUGCAGUACGGGCCAAUCCACAUCUGUGGCGGCACCAUCAUCGACGCGCAGUGGGUCCUCACCGCAGCCCACUGCUUCUUCAUGAACAGCAUGAAGAUCCUCGAUGACUGGAAGGUGUACGGCGGAGUCUCGGACCUGAAGCAGCACGCAGAGGGCAUCCCCGUCUCCCAGGUCAUCAUCAACUCCAACUACAGCGACGAUCACGACGACUACGACAUCGCCCUCAUGAAGCUCUCCAGGCCGCUGACGCUCUCAGCUCAGGUUCGCCCAGCCUGCCUUCCAAUGUACGGCCAGCGAUUCCAGACUGGCAGGUCCUGCUUCAUCACCGGCUUUGGGAAGACCAGGGAGAAUGAAGAUAACACGUCCCCGAAGCUGCGGGAGGCCGAGGUGAAGCUGAUUGACUACAAGAUCUGCAACAGCGACAAGGUGUACGAGGGCUACCUGACCCCACGGAUGAUGUGUGCCGGGUACCUGCAGGGAGGGAAAGAUGCGUGCCAGGGUGACAGCGGAGGGCCCCUGGUCUGCGAGGACAACGGCCGCUGGUACGUGGCCGGGGUGACGAGCUGGGGGACAGGAUGUGGCCAGAAGAACAAGCCCGGCGUUUACACACGUGUGACAAAGCUCCUCAGCUGGAUAUACAGCAAAAUGGAGAGCGAGAACGACUAAGACCGGGAUGGACACUUGCCUGGGCUGUGCCUCUCCGGCCGGCGCGGGCCCAUGCCCUUGGUUGCUGCCAGGGCACGAUGCUACCAGCAGAUCCCCCCCACCUAUCUCUGGACUGUCCGUGCAGCCAGGGACCCGUCGCUGCCCCCAACCUCUGAAAAUACGGUGCCUGCAAAGUGACUCUGCCCUCGCCCAGUGCAAGGGAGGUGGCCCGGCGGCGGCUGGGUGAAGCACCCAGCCAGCCCCGGCCCGGCAGCGCGCAGGGGGCAGCAGCCCGU